GCUUGCCGUAUUGGUGACCUAAGGGCUGGGGUGGCGAAGAGUGGGGAAAAAGAAUGAGGUGGCGCACGGGUCUGUGGGCUGCAGAUAUUGCUACAACAAAUCAAAAGGCUUUCGUGCCCCGGAAGUGGCUGACCUACUCGGUUCGAAGGGGAGGCCUUUCCUCUUAACUACGGUGGCCGGGGGAGCUCGGGUCCCUGUGGCAGCGGCGCUGAGGUCGGAGCGUUUGCGUGUGUACUGGCUGCUUUUGGGGCGGCUUCUGCUAGAGCUGGAACAUUUCCCGGUAAAGCAGAAGAAUGUGUAGAGCAGAGAGCAUGGCCUCUGGAGUCAGACUGCCUAGAUUCAAGCACUAAAGAUAACUUUACGGAAGAAUGCAAUCAAGUGAUGGCUUUUUCUUUAGAAUUUGAAUAUGGAGGCCACAGGAACAGAUGAAGUUGACAAGCUAAAAACUAAAUUUAUAUCUGCUUGGAACAACAUGAAAUAUAGUUGGGUGUUGAAAACAAAAACAUAUUUUAGUAGAAAUUCCCCUGUAUUAUUGCUUGGAAAAUGUUACCAUUUUAAAUAUGAAGAUGAGAAUAAACUGUUACCUGCAAGAUCAGGAUGUACAAUAGAAGAUCAUGUAAUUGCGGGAAAUGUAGAAGAAUUUCGUAAAGAUUUCAUUUCAAGAAUAUGGUUGACCUAUAGGGAAGAAUUUCCUCAAAUAGAAGGCUCGGCUUUGACAACAGACUGUGGUUGGGGCUGUACAUUAAGAACUGGCCAGAUGCUAUUGGCUCAAGGACUCAUACUACACUUCCUUGGUAGAGCUUGGACGUGGCCUGAUGCUUUGAACAUUGAAAAUUCAGACUCUGAAUCAUGGACUUCCAACACUGUAAAAAAAUUUACUGCAUCAUUUGAAGCAUCACUUUCAGGGGAAGGAGAACUCAAAACCCCAACAGUUUCUCAGAAGGAAACAAUCAGAAGAUAUUCUGAUGAUCAUGAAAUGCGAAAUGAAAUUUAUCACAGGAAAAUCAUCUCUUGGUUUGGUGACUCCCCUUUGGCUCUCUUUGGUUUACAUCAACUAAUAGAAUAUGGAAAGAAGUCUGGGAAAAAAGCCGGAGAUUGGUAUGGACCAGCUGUGGUUGCUCAUAUUUUAAGAAAAGCAGUUGAAGAAGCAAGACACCCUGAUUUACAAGGAAUAACUAUUUAUGUUGCACAAGACUGUACAGUUUACAGUUCUGAUGUAAUUGAUAAACAGUGCACUUCCAUGGCCUCUGAUAAUACAGAUGAUAAAGCUGUUAUUAUUCUAAUCCCUGUUAGACUUGGUGGGGAAAGGACCAACACCGACUACUUAGAUUUUGUAAAGGGUAUUUUAAGCCUUGAAUAUUGUGUGGGUAUUAUUGGUGGCAAACCUAAACAGUCAUACUACUUUGCUGGAUUUCAAGAUGACAGUUUGAUUUACAUGGAUCCUCAUUACUGCCAAUCUUUUGUAGAUGUCAGCAUAAAGGAUUUCCCUCUUGAGACAUUCCACUGCCCUUCUCCCAAAAAGAUGUCAUUUCGAAAAAUGGAUCCUAGCUGUACGAUAGGAUUUUACUGUCGAAACGUUCAGGACUUCAAACGAGCUUCUGAAGAAAUCACUAAGAUGCUGAAAAUUUCUUCUAAGGAGAAAUAUCCCUUAUUUACUUUUGUAAAUGGUCAUUCCAGAGACUAUGAUUUUACAUCUACUACAACCAAUGAAGAAGACCUUUUUUCAGAGGAUGAAAAGAAAAAAUUAAAAAGAUUUAGCACAGAAGAAUUUGUCUUGCUCUAAAGAUUAGUGUAUUUGUGCUUGUUGAGAAGAACUCCUCUGCAGGGGGAACAAUGAAGAGAAACAAGUUUACUUGAAACUGGCUUAUUUUCACAAAUAUCUUAAUUUUAUAUGUUCUUUAAAAAAAACAUUUGGAAAUAUACAAGUUUUAGAGAUAUUUUUCUGAAAGAGAAAUGAUUUAAUGAAUCUUUAUUUCUAAUAAAUAUCAAGUGAUUCUGGCUGCAUUCCUAUUUCCCUAAGAUCUGCUAACGUUAACUCUAACUUAAUUGUAAGCCUUCCAGUCUUCAGAUUCUUCCACCUGAGGCCACUAGUCUCCUGAAGGGUUUAUGAUAUAGGUCCCAAAAUCGGAAUCACCAAAUAGGUUUGGAAGCUUCCACUUAGACACUAACAACCAGAAGACCAGAGAAUGAACCUUCAGUGCUGCAUAGCCUCCUCAUAUUAUUGCAACCAAAGGAUACUUGUGGAUGUAUCUGGAUAUAUUAAAUAGCAGUUGUUAGCUGUGAUAUGCAUACAAUUAUAUAAGUAGAAUUGUAAGUUAAUGUAAUACUUAGCAAUAUGAUUUUAUAAUGGCUCCUCAUUUUGCUUGCUAUCAAGUCUUCUCUGAGGAGUGAAUAUAAAGUAUUGGUGUUCCCCAGAAAUUUAAAGGUUAUGUUAUUAAUAACUUCAUCUAAUCAAAUCAGAUAAAGGCAAUUUUAAGGCAGUAGUACUGUUUGUUUCCUGUCUCAAAAAUGGAAUUUUAUGGGAAUUCUGCUUACUAUGGAGUUUUUUAAUCUAAAGAUAAGGACUAAGAAAGAUAUCAGUAAAUGCUCCUCAAUGUGAUUUUUGCUAUUUGUAUGAAUCAGUGUAGUAGUAUUUAGAAGUUGAGGCUAUCUAUAAGGUAAUUCUGCCUUAAGUGUGUUAUGUGUUAUUGAAAGGCAAAUAUGUGAUAUAAAAAUAUAAGAGUUAUUAUUCAGUCAGGAUUAUGUACUUUAAUAAAGAUGUGAGAACAUAAAGUACCUUUGUUUGGUUUUAAUAGGAUUAUUUUAGUUCUUUAAUUUGAAAAAAUCAUUGUCUCAUA